AUGACUGAUCCUCAAAACAAGUCUUAUUUUAAUCAUUUCUAUCUUCGUUAUUAUAAUGGUCAUAAUAAUCAAUAUGGAAAAGAAUAUAUGAAAUUUGAAAUAUUUGAUAAUGGUGAACUUAAUUAUUAUAACAAAUCUCGAUAUCGAAAUGAAUCUGAAAUUAUUAAAAAAUUACAUUUAACACGAGUUGUAAUGAAAGAAAUUCAAGACAUUAUCUCUCAAUCUCAUAUUUUAUCACAAACUGAUACUCAUUGGCCAAAUAAAAUUAAUGAAAGUCGUCAAGAACUUGAAAUUGAAAUGAAUAACAUUCAUAUAUUCUUUGUAACAUCUAAAUUCGGUACAUUAAAUGAAAUAAGACAAUCAAAAGAUCCCCAAGGACUUCUUAUAUUUUAUAAUUUUAUUAAUGAUCUUAUCUGUUUAAUAACAACAUUAACUAAAUCUCAUUUCAAUAUUCAUUUAUAUUAA